AUGACUCAGGCGGAAAUAAAGCUGUGUUCCCUCCUCCUGCAAGAACAUUUUGGGGAGAUCGUGGAGAAGAUAGGGACUUAUCUUAUCAGGACGGGCACCCAGCCGCUGCGGAUGAUCGUCAAUGACACGGGGCUGUUGCUGGAUCAGGUUAAGAAAGCCCUUUGCGUCCUGAUCCAACACAACCUGGUGACGUACCAGCUGCAGAAGCGAGGUUUCGUGGAGUACGAAGCCCAGUGCAAGCGGAUCCUGAGGAUCCUCCGCUACCCGCGUUACAUCUACACCGCCAAGACCCUCUACAACGACACGGGCGAGCUCAUCGUGGAGGAGCUGCUCCUCAAUGGCAAAAUGACGAUGAGCGCGGUGGUGAGGAAGGUGGCGGACAGGCUGACCGAAACGAUGGAAGACGGGAAGACGAUGGAUUACGCCGACGUCUCCAACACGUUUGUGCGCCUGGCGGACACGCACUUUGUGCAGAGGUGCCCGCUGGUCCCCGAAACCCCCGAGAGCCCCGAUGCGCCUCCUCCCCCUGCGCCCACCUUGGUGAUUAACGAGAAGGACAUGUACGUCGUGCCCAGGCUGAACCUCGUAGGGAAAGGGAAGCGCAGACGAUCGUGUGACGAGGAAGACAACGGCGAACACAAGGCUAAAAAGCAGAAGCAAGAUGGAGAAAGCUCGGAGCCUCCACUCGACGACGGCAUUUACUGGCAAGUCAACAUCGACCGGUUCCACCAGCAUUUUCGAGACCAGGGGAUCGUCAGUGCCGUGGCCAACCGCAUGGAUCAGACCAGCAGCGAAAUAGUACGGACCAUGCUGCGGAUGAGCGAAGUCACCACGUCCUCCGGCGCGCCGUACACCCAGCCGCUCUCUUCCAACGAGAUAUUUAGGUCUCUUCCGGCCGGAUACAACAUUGUGAAGCAA